AUGCACUGUGGGUACGGAUCCCGCUGCGUGGGUCCGAUUUUCUCCUUCUCGAGACACUUUUCUGGUCAAACCGCCCCAAAACACCCAAGAAUCCAGGAAGUCGGAAUUUUGCCCCAAAUCUCUGAUCAAAAGCAAAUCCAGUCGUCAAAAAUGGGUGUUGAACGAGCUACAAACAGCAACGGUCGAAAUUUUCGCCCACGGGAAAACUCUCUGCCCCAAAGCUUAAAGACCCGAGCACACGGGGCUCUCAGGAAACGAAAAAAACUCGCAAGCGAAAAGGAUCCCCAGAAGCCAUGA